AAGCUUUUUCAAAUCGCUUUUCAAAUCUAAUAUCUAAAUACCGCAAGAAACUAAACAUUGAAGAAGUUUUUUAUUAUGUUUAUGGAUAUGUUCCUUUUUUGAUUGUUCCUCUUGUGCUCUUCUUGGUAAAUAAGUAAAAAUGGAGGAUACUUAUAACAAUUAUGAAUACAUAAAGAAUAGCAUACAAAAUGUAAUUGCAGAUACCUGGAGCUUGGAAAAUUUUAGUGAGGAAAUAUGUAUUGCUAGAACCCGAAUGCAAGAUGUUAAAAACAUUUUGGUUGGAUUUAACAUGGAAAUGUUUGCUAUAAAUAAUACAACAUUUUUUUAUGACAUUUUAAUCGGAGAAAAAGCAAGAUGGACAAUCAAAAAAGAAAUUUUAAAAGUUUUACUGGACUGUCUCGGUCAAAUACAGGACGUAAGAUGUCAUAUUCUCAACAAAAAACUCAGUAAUCUGAGUGACUGCAAUAAAUUCUAUAUAUACAAACUGGUCGACACAUUGAGUAUUUAUGGAGAUUAUGAUUUUCAAUCACUUGUUCUCGAACUGAUACUGAAAACAUGCAUUAAAAAAGAUUUGAAAAAAAUAUUAAAUGAUCUUUUUCCAGAAUCGGAAGAGUUAAGAACAAAAUUUUCUGAAAUUAGCCCACGAAAAUUCGACUCGACUGCUAGGAGCUUCCUACAAGUAUUGAACUGUAGAACUAAUGCAAUAUUUUCUAUAUGCUGUGAAAAGGUUAUGAUUGAUUAUAUAGAUUGUGAGCAGAAUAUUGGUGAAAGCACUGGUGUUUGGAUUGAUAUUAAUCUUCUAGAUUCAAUAAUUAGUUGGUAUACAGAUAAAAAAUCAUUAAAUCCUGAGAAGGGUAAAAGUAAAGAGAACUUGCAUGCUAGAAAUUGGGACUUAAUUAUGGUUUUUAGAAGUAGCAUAGAAAACAUUGAUAUUCAGAGCUACGAUGAAUGUAUCAUCAUAAACAUUGAUCUCAAAUCACCCGUAAUGAGCUCCCAAACCAUAUUUGAUAAAGCUCUCUCGGUUCAUUUGAAGUUAAACCCUUCUGAAGAAGCCAGAUUUCUGGUUAAUGAUGUACUCAGUCGCUGGUUGCGUAAGCCUGACAAAAUAGGAGAGAGAAAAAGAAAGGCGCCUGGGGAUGAUAGAAAGGUGUGUAAUGUUGGAAAGCCUAUUUGGGGAUAUAAUAAGAGCACAGAAUGCUCUGACCAUUUCAACACUUCUAAAUCAUCGAGUUGCAACAUCUGCAAAGAUGCAACGUCCAUAUCUGAAUCUGAAGUUGUACAAAUCGGAACCAGUCUUCCUAAAUUAACCGAAUCCCUAUCAAAUAUACUGAAAGCUCAAGAUAUCAACAUCACUCAUCAACUAGGCAACAAUAAAAAUCCUGCUGUGAUAUAUAUUAAACCUGAUAAAGAUUAUGCUAUGUUUGCGGAUAUUGAAGACCAAAUUGAUAACGCUAGCAUUUGCUUUACCUCCGAAGAACAGAUUCAACGUAUAGCCAAUGGGUUUGAUCGUUAUAUCCAGUUCACAAAUAAAUUUUUCCCGAAUAAAGAUCAUAGUCGUCUUAAUGGCAGCCCCGUUUCGUCUUCUGCAACUUUGAAGUUUGUAUCAAAACGUUUGAAGCAUCGUUCAACCCGAAAUGAGCCAAUUAGGGCAAGAGAUUCUAAUUUUAACAACAAAACUGAUGAUGAAAAUUACAUACAUCAGAACUUAAUGGAAAGUGGCUCAGAGAGUGCAAAUCGGACUUAUAAAGGUUUUAAAAGCGAUAUAGGAUCAAAAAAUGUGUUAUCAAACAAGACAGAUACUGUAAAUAGCGAAAGAAGUUUUUCAGAUAUUUUCUCUUUAAAUGAAAGUGAAAUUUCACAUAGUAAUAAUAAACUACAGGGUGUUUACAAUGGGAAGAAAAUAUUAGAAAAGCCAAUGUCUCAAAGGAAAAGGCGUUUAUCUGAAUCUGAAAAAUCAACCGGCUCAUCUGUUGCAGUUUCAGAGAAACCUUCCACUUCUGAUAAUUUUAGAAAUAGAAUGUCGAUCGUCAAAAGAACUCAUCACAAGAGAAACUCGUUAACUGGUAGUGAUUUGAGUGAGGAACCACGUCUUGCAUGUAAAAGGGCUACAGGAAUACUACAAAAAACUUCUACAAAGAUUAUUAUACACUCAGAUAUUACUGUCGUAAGAGGAAAUGAUGAAGUUAUAAGUAUCGGUUCUAGCACUUCACAUCUGGAAUCAAAUAAACAUGAAAAUUAUGAUUGGGCUGCACCGAAAAUAAAAAUGUUCAAUCCUUUGAGACCCCAAUCUCCGUCAAGUUGGGACGAUUAUGGCUCACAUGUCGAUGAAGUAGAGGUAAAGAAUGAAGAUGAACUAAAUGCGGCCGAAACAGAUUUGCUCCAAAGGCCUGAUAUACUUGGAAAAGAGGUAAUAUGGUCUUGUAUAGGUCUAGUAAAAGAGAAUCCUGUAAUGCUAAAUUCCAAGCAAUUUAAGGGAUUUUAUUUGUCCAUAAUUUGUUUCCAUUAUGACAUCCUUGCUGUGCAUCCUAAUAUAACGAGGGAGAUUAAUAAAAUUCAAGAUAGAUAUAUAGAAUUUUUGGAACUCAAUGCACGAGUUAUAUUGUGCACCAAGGGCAAAUCGAUGGAUAUUUACGAAAGAGCCAAGGUGUUGCGCAAAUCACGAUUUUCAAAUGUUGAUAUUCCAUUGAUAGUAGAUGAUGGUGGCGUUUUGAUGAGAUCCGUUUUUAAAGUCUGUCCAAACAACUGCAAGUGUGGUAUAAAGAACAUUUUACUUUUUGAAGAUAACGGAGUAGUGUUUUCCAAGUUCCAUCUCUUAACCGGGUACGAAAUGGACGUAGACUUUCUGAUUAAAUCAAUAAAAAUUAAACAGUCAAUAAAAAACGGAACUUUCGAUAUGAUGUAUUUAUGAAGUAUUGACUAUUCCAAACUUGUUCCUUUAUUAUAUAAAAAGUGAUAUUUUAUUUUUAGCAGAGCUAAAACGAUUAUAAAUCAA